AUGCCCGUGGACUACAGCAAAUGGGACGCGCUGGAGCUCAGCGACGACUCGGACAUUGAAGUGCACCCCAACGUCGACAAGCGGUCCUUCAUCCGCGCCAAGCAGAACCAGAUCCACCAGGAGCGGCAGCAGCGCAAGCACCAGAUCGAGACGCUCAAGUAUGAGCGCGUCAUCAACGAUGGGCUGAUGCGGCGCAUCUCCGGCCUGCUGUCGGCGCUCAAGGCGCACGCCGCCGUGGCCGAGACGCGCAACCCGGGCGAGGUGGCGUUCCAGGCCGUCAUGGAGUCGGCGGGGCGGCCCGAGGACGACCAGCCGCCGCCGCGGCCCCGCGGGCGUGCACACAGAGUCGGAGCCCGCUGCCGUCGUCGAGGGCCUGCAGCGCAGCUCGUCGUCAAGCUGGCGGAGCUCGAGAAGAGAGGCGCAAGAUCACGAGCGAAGGGUACAGGACGGCUUCAACAGCUCGCACGUGGCCAAGGCGCGCCGGGCGAGGCCAAGGACGGCAAGAAGCAGGAGGUCGAGCUCCUGAACCCCAACUUCAAGGGCGGCGCCGCCGCCGGCGCGCCGUCGGCGUCGACCGAGAGCUACGGCGACGACGAGGAGAUCGAGGCGUCGCCGGCGGCGCAGCUGUUUGCGCAGAUCCGCGCCAACGACUACUCGGCCAGCCUGUCGUUCCUGUCGAAGCACCCGGAGAUCCUGACGGAGCGGGAGACGGACGGCCUGCUCGUCAUGGCCUUUGACGCGGCGCUCGAGCGCAAGGAUGACUGGAGCCGGCAGUGCGUGCACCAGGCGCUGCUGCUGCAGUACUGCCGGGCGCUCGGAAAGGACGGGCGUCGCCAUGUUUCUUCAAGCGCAUCACGACAAAGGGCCACCAGGGCGCGGGAGGCUUUCUACAAGGACGUCACGAACACGUACGCGCGGCAUCCGGACGCGGGCCCCCCAGAUUGUGGCCGAGCGGGCCAAGGAGCCGGCCGAGGGCGUCGAGCAGAUCCACUGCACGCUGUCGAGCGGGCACGGAGAUCAAGAUCGCAUCCGCCGCGGACAUUCCGCAAGGCUCUCGAGACGGGCAGCCUCGACAAGGUGAACCACGUGCUAGGGAACAUGACGGUGGAAGCGGCCGAGGACGUCGUAGCCAAGCUCGGCGAUGCCGGCAUCCUCAGUCUCGAGGAGCAGAUUAUUGAUGCUACGACCGAGGAAGGCCGCAAGGCACUGAAGGAGAUGGAAGCGGCACAGACGGGCACUGGCGCAGGCUCAGAGUCAGGCUACGCCCCCGAUCCGGAAUAA